AUGGCCGACAAUCCUGCCUCGCUGAACAGCGUCUUUGAUGGGGCUUCUCCCCUCAAAGAUCGCUACGAUCCCAUUCGAUUGACCUCCGAAAAUCUCGUCCCGAUAUUCGAACUGCCAAUCGCCAGAAAGGUCCUGGGUCACGAUGCGUCUGACAACGAGGCCGUCGCAAAGGUCGCGCGCGGCGAUAUCUCCUACACCCAGUUUGUGGCAGGGAAGGCUCGAUCGCUGCAGCAAACUGCCAACGAUGGGUUGACCCUUGGACAAACACAAUCGCAGAUUCUCCAUCUUGGUCUGGCUGCUCUGUUUGCCUUCUUACAGUCCAAUGUUACCGGUCCGCCUCUCGACUUUAACCCGGCGGAGGUGGCUUUGCCAGCUGCGCUGCGAUCCGACAAAGCUACAAUGCGGACUGUCCGAGAGAAGAUUCUUCGAGACCUAUCAGUCGACGGUGAAGCGGCCUACAAGCUCACCCCAAACGCCGAGCUGUUCUCUAUUGCCAAGGCGAUAUUGGUAGACGCAAGCAUCGAAGGCCCGGUUGUGUCAAAGACAGCACGCAUGCGCGUCAACUUCCUCCACCAGAAAAUGCUUUCCGAAGUCACGAGCACACUGCAGGGUUUGAUAUACAAGGAUCUAGACGAGCUGGCUAAGACUGAGUUGAAUGCGGAGGAAAAGGGUCGGUUCCUGCUGGAGCGAUCGUUGGUGCAUACGCAUCAUGGCUUUGAUGCCAAAGCACGCAGUGAUAUUGAGCAGUCUGCCAAGAUACGGCAGUUUGAGUUCGCUUUGACGGGCAAACUGGGCAAACGGACUAAGUUCCAGGAGCGUGAUAUCAGUCAGCUGGUGGUUCUGGCCAAGAGUGCGGACGAUACAUCGGAUGCUGCAAAGUCCUCAGGUCCCGAGAAGUUGGAUUUGAACGACGAUACUCUUCUUGAAGCUAUCUCCUUCUCGGAAAAUAGCAACCAAAAAUCAGUGUCGGUCCAGGAGGAGCUCUCGCCAGCUCUGGCGUCUGUGGAUGCCAAUAAUCAGCCAAUCCUCAACCCAGUGGACUCGGCUCUCUUGUUGGCUUUGGUCUCUGCUAUUACCAACACUUCUCCCGAGGACGGCCUGACCCGUGAGGAAACCGCCCCCUACGCCAUCCGGGUGCUUGAAGGCGGCAGCUCCAACUGGCAGAUCUACACACAGGCUCUGCUUGUUCGCAGCCGCGUUGAGGGAUUCCGCUCUCGGACGGUUGAGAGAUCCGUGCUGCAGAUGCAAGCUCUUGUAGACCAGGUCCUUGCAGAUACUGCCACGGACGAUUCGGCGGCACAACAACCAUCUGCUGAGCCCACUACCUUCCUACCUCGGCCUGAAAAGUCAGAGUCGGCCCCCGCUGCUGACAGGCUGGAGUAUAUUUGGCUUCUCAACUUCUCAACACGAUGGGAUCUCGAGGCCGAGCUAGCCAAGCGGUGGGUUGAUCUGGGUGGUCUGCGCACUGCUCUUGAGAUCUAUGAGCGACUCCAGAUGUGGGCAGAGGUUGCCCUGUGCUACGCUGCCACCGAGCGAGAAGGCAAAGCCAAGAGCAUCGUACGCCGCCAACUUUACCAGGCGUCCGGCCCCGACGAGGACGACGAAAGUGAACCGUUCGAUGGGCCGGAGCGGUCACCUUUACCCGCAGAGGCACCGCGCUUGUUUUGCAUUCUUGGGGAUAUCGAUAAGGAUGAGAAGAUGUAUGAGCGUGCCUGGGAGGUCUCGGGACAGCGAUACGCCCGCGCUCAACGGUCUCUGGCUCGCCACUACUUGGCUCUUACACCGCCAGAGCUAGAGAAGGCCGAGGCUGCCUAUCGGAAGAGUCUGCAUAUCAACAGGCUGAACCAUGGGGCCUGGUUCGCCCUUGGAUGUGUCCAGCUCGAGCUCCAGCGAUGGAACGAUGCGGUUGACUCUUUUACCUUCACUGUCCAACUUGACGAUACCGAUGGCGAGGCAUGGAGCAAUCUUGCUGUAGCCAUGCUUCGUCUUCCUGCCCCCGAACCCACGCCUGACACUGUGGUCAGCGAAACCACCGAUGGCGAAUCACCCGCCGAAACAGACCCCUACAAACGCCAACGCGAGGCUCUGGCAGCCCUGCAGCGUGCAGCACAACUGAAAAACAACGAUGCCCGGGUCUGGGACAAUGUCCUAACAGUGGCCGCAGCAAUCCCACCGCCAGCUACUCCAUUCCGUGAAGUGAUCGCCGCUCAGAAGCGAGUAGUUGAGCUUCUUGGAUCCAAGAAGGGUGAGAAGUGCAUCGAUCUACCCAUCCUGGGCAUGCUCAUCGACUUCAUGGUCACCACCUUCGACUAUGACUCUCUCCUUAUCCCAUCAGAAGACCACGAGUCCGCACCCGUGGUCCGCACCGGCACAAUCCCCGGCCAAAUCCUGUCCCUGGUCGACGAUAAAAUCGUUCCGCUGAUCACCCACUCCUCAAUCCUAUGGCUCCUCGUCUCCCGCGUCGAAUUCUGGCGCAACCGCCCCUUCCGUGCUCUCGAAGCCCACGAGAAAGCAUGGCGCGCGACAGUCGCUGCAUCCGUCCAGGGCGCGUUCCAAAUGGGCGAUGAGAAGCCCUGGCUUGAUGUUGUUCGUGCCACGGAGAAGCUUGUCCGUGAUGGAUAUGCGCGAUACGGUCCUAUGGAUCGCGAGGAUCAGAAGGUUGAGGGUGAUGCAGAGGCUGAAAUGGUCGCUAAGGACUGGCGGUUCAAGGCGAGGAGUGCUGUUAGAGGUAUCUUGGGUAAAGGGAAAGACUUUUGGGAGAACUCGGAAGGCUGGAAUCGGUUGAAGGAGUUGCAGGCGGAGGUCACUGGGAAUUAG